AUGGUACCUAUGAAUAUGAAACGUUUUUGGGAGUUUGUGGCGCGCCAUAACUGUUGCAUUAUUGGUUGGGCGCAAGACCAAUCAAAAUUAGCCUUCUCGUCAAGGACGCCGGUGGAUCAGCUGUUGUUUCUGGUAAGGUGCCAAAGUAGGCUUGUGUUCUCAAAAAAACAGCGAAAAUUUUGUGUUAAAUGGAAAGUUUUGAAAAAAAUAGGGACCAGCAAAGUGGUUGAUGUUACCGACAUGGAGUGGUCGUCGUUUGUUCCAGCGAGCUCGAUAGAGGUCGCUGAGUGGCAUAAACACGAACAAAUCGCCUACUGGAAGUCGCGCGCUUUAAGCCUCGAAUAUGAAAACAAGAUGUUGCUGCAGCACAUCCGAAACGUCUACGCGAAACAAACAGAAGAUUACGCGAACUACUUGAAGGAUCAGGGGCACGAGCAGAUCGAAGAAGCGUCUCCAGUUGAAGAAAAAAGGGAAGAAACGAGGGAGCCUGUGGGAAAAAAACGCAGAGAAGAAAUGGAGCAGUUGUAUGGGGCUAAAGCUUCCAAAAUCAUGGGAAUGGAGACCGCGGUUCAGCUCAACUACGACUUGCAUUUGGAGGAUGCGGGCAAGCUGUCCCACUGGCCCCACACUCCGUUGAACCUAAGAUUCGAUGAUUAGUUAAGUUAAUAAAGUUUGGUAUUAAUUUUGCA